ACCGGAAGUUAGCUGCACUGUCGUACUCUUGGGAUGGAAAGGCAGAUAGCAGAUAGCUACAUUGGUGUUGCCCUCAGGAAGAUUGAUUAAAUUGGUGGUUUCACGUCCUUGCUGCUAAGACCAUGGAGUCUAGCGAAGCCGGACGUGGUGGAGGCUGGAAGAACAGGCCUAUAAAAACACAGAAAAACAAAAUGAGUUUGAACAUCAUACGACAAGAGGAGCUUAUAGCUCAGAAGAAGAGGGAGAUUGAAGCCAAAAUGGCAGAACAGGCAAAGAAGAAUGUGCAAACUCCGAGCAAGCCAUUGCCUCAAAGUUUUCCUAGCUUUCAAGGGCCCAACUCAAACAAGUUUGUAAAUGAUGGAAGCUUUUUACAGCAGUUUAUGAAGUUGCAUAAGGACAAACCAAGCUCAUCUGGUUCCAACAAUGGUGAAACCAAAGGUGCUUCUGAUCCAGCUGAAUCACCAAAUUCACAGCAGAAGAAAAGCAUUCUCAUUGGCAAACGCCCCGGCCUUGGCAUCACUAGCAUGCUCAACCAAUUCAAAAACUACUCCCAGUCCAAGAAGAACCCUGUUCUCAGCCAGAGGCCUAGUGUAUUCUGUUCACCAGAUGGCGACGAGGAUGAAGAAGAGGUGGAAGACUCAAACUUCCUGGAGAUGAAAGUCUCUCCCCCAGAGGACCCAGACACCAGGCUCAUUCUCGACAAGAUGGCUUCUUUUGUGGCAGAAGGAGGUGCCGAGCUAGAGAGAAAAGCCAAGGAGGAUUACAGAGACAAUCCCGUUUUUUCGUUUUUAUAUGAUACGAACAGCAGAGACUAUCUUUACUACAGAAAGAGAGUUGCAGAAUACAGAAAGAACUUGCCAAAACCCAUUAUGAAAUCGCAUACUGUCUCCCCCCCAGUGGACGAGGAGACCCAGCAGGUGGCUGUGAAGCUGGCAAAGUAUGUGGCAGAGGGUGGCCCCGAGGUGGAAGCCAUUGCUGCGGAGCACAACCGAGACAACCCUGCAUUCAGUUUCUUAUAUGACCACCAAAGCCCAGCCCAUCACUUCUACAAGGAGAGAGUGGAGCAGUUUCGUCAGUCCAAGGUGGACCGGAGUUCUCCGGCGACAGCAGAGGUGCCGGAGUUGGUAGUCCAGCGACCGGCGGCCCCUCCUCUGUCAGCGGUCCCCCCGCCGCCACCACCAGUGCCCUACCCCUAUGUCCCCAACCAAAUGGGGUCCCCGCUGCUAACCCCCAAAACGGAGGCCUCGCCCCCACCUGUCAAACGAAAGCGGAAGAGUCGUUGGGGGUCUGAAGAUGACAAAGUGGAGUUACCAAUUCCUCUCAGCGCCAUCAAACAGGAGGUCGACGUUCCAGAUGCUAACACGCCCUCACUCUCUGUGCAAGACCUAAAGGGGCUUGGAUAUAAGAAGGGGAAGCCUUUAGGGCUGGUAGGAGUGACAGAACUGUCUGAGGACCAGAGGAAGCAGCUCAAAGAACAGCAAGAGAUGCAAGAAAUGUAUGAAAUGAUAAUGAAGCACAAGCGUGCAAUGGCAGAGAUGCAGAUAAUGUGGGAAAAGGCUCUGAGAGACCAUCAGCACGAGUAUGACAGCGAUGAGGAGGUGGACCAGCAGGAAGGUACCUGGGAACAUCGCCUCCGCCAGAUGGAGAUGGAGAAAACGAGGGAAUGGGCCGAGUCUCUGACAGACAUGGGGAAAGGGAAACACUUUAUCGGUGACUUCCUGCCACCCGAGGAGUUGGAGAAAUUCAUGGAGACUUUCAAGGCGCUCAAGGAGGGCCGAGAUCCAGAUUACUCGGAGUACAAGGAGUUCAAGCUGACCGUGGAGAAUCUUGGUUUCCGAAUGUUGAUGAAGAUGGGAUGGCAGGAAGGGGAUGGAUUAGGUUCUGAUGGACAGGGCAUUAGGCAACCCGUUCAUAGGGGACAAACGGCUGUGGAUGGAGCAGGAUUUGGAGUGGACCGGCCGGCCGAGCUCAGGGGAAAUGAUGAUGAAUAUGAUGCCUUUAGAAAGAGGAUGAUGCUUGCCUAUCGUUUCAGACCCAAUCCACUGAACAAUCCUCGUAGACCCUACUACUGAGGUGUGUGUGUGUGUGUGUGUGUGUGUGUGUGUGUGUGUGUGUGUGUGUGUGUGUGUGUGUGUGUGUGUGUGUGUGUGUGUGUGUGUGUGUGUGUGUGUGUGUGUGUGUGUGUGUGUGUGUGUCCGAGUUCUCUUUAAUACAGUUACGAUUUUAUCCAUUUUAAGUUUGCAGUACUAAAACAUUGCCCUGGACAUGAUUUUGUUUAUCUCCCAUUUUGUGGUGGAACUGUAAAACUGAGAACAGUCUCUUGUUGUUGCAAAAUGAUGAACCUAUUUGUACUUUCAAAAUAAUUGACACAAGCCAUUUCAUGUGAUGCCCCUCCUUUUUAUUUUUAAAUCUCCUUUCGUGUUUUGUUGCUUCAAUAUCACCACAUGUUGAUCAUUUCACCUCUAUUCUUCAUUAAAUGCUCCAAUAGAACAAUGUAAUAAAACUCACUCAAAAUAAA